GUAUUGAGAACCUGCUCUUUAUUUGUAGUCUUAAAAAUGAUACAAUGUUUCUGCAUAAAACGGUAUGUAAAAUUUAGUUGUCAGUUUGCUUAAUAUUUGAUUAAUGAUUUUAAUAUUGUAUGAUAUAUUUUCUAUAUUUACAUUCACAAUAACUACAUUAACCUAACUAACGAUGACUGAUAAUAAUAAAUAAUAAUAAGAAAUUAGAACUUUGAAAUUACUAACUAGCAUAAUACUAGUUUUACACUUCAAAUUCGGCAACAAUGUCUGUCCGCGAAGAAGUAUUAGAUAAAAUCGAAAAAUUUAAAUCCAGUGUUAUUUCAUCCUUAACGGAAAUAUCUGAGCUUGAUGUAACUUGUAAAUCAAUUAUUGAACAACAUCUCAAUGAUUCGAAUUCGUUAAAUUCCAAAUCUGUAAAAAAAAUACAAGCAGUUAUUGAUUAUAUGUAUGAACAAGUAAAUAUUGGUAAUUGGAAAGAAGUGAGGUUAUACCUGAGGAAGACCUUGACAGUUGCGACUUAUUUGCGUCUCAAAGCUCACAUAAAUUUCAGUGAUGAUGUAUCAGACGAUGUUAUAAAGGAAGGUUUGCGGAUAAUUGACUUUGGAAUAUUGUUUGGUUGUCCCCUUGAUGCUGAACCAAACUUGCUGCAACUGUGUGCUUCAUGCCUUCACUCGUUUAUUAAACAUGAUGAGAAACCAGACAUUGAUGGAAAAGUUGUUAUAACAAGUACCGUUAAAUGUGAAAAUGAACAUCAGAACUCCAAAGUAUUAGAAGUAAUAGAUUGUCCGAGCAUGGAACACUUUUUUAGGAAUUACAUUUUAGCUGAAAAGCCUAUCGUAUUAGAUAAUUGUCUAAAUCACUGGCCUGCUAUAACAAAGUGGCAGGAUCAGAGCUAUUUCAUAAAACUAGCGGGAUUAAGAACUGUCUCAAUAGAGUUGGGAAAGGAUUAUACAGAUGCUAAUUGGACUCAGAAACUGAUGACAAUAGAAGAUUUUAUUAAAAAUCACAUCUACAAUGAAAAUGGGACAACUGCAUAUCUUGCACAAUAUCAACUAUUCGAUCAGAUUCCUGAGCUCAAGAAAGAUAUUGUAGAACCUGAAUACUGCUGUUUCUCAGAAACAAAUGAUCCCGUGGACAUUAUGGCAUGGUAUGGACCAAAAGGUACCGUGUCGCCACUACAUCACGAUCCCAAAAAAAAUUUACUGGCUCAAGUUGUUGGAGAAAAACAAAUUUUUAUAUUUUCACCACAGGAUUCAGAAUACUUAUACCCUCAUGAACAUGAGUUAUUGAAUAAUACAGCCAGAAUUGACCCAAGGUUACCUAAUUUUGAAAAGUUUCCUAAAUACAAGGAUGCUAAAGGGUACUACUGUGUACUCAAAGCUGGACAGAUGCUAUAUAUACCACCAAAAUGGUGGCAUUUCGUAGAAUCAUUGUCUGUCAGUUUCUCUGUUAGUUUCUGGUGGGAAUAGACUAUAUUAGUGAUUUUAUUAUAAAUAGUUUUUAUAUACAUUAUUAUUUGUGAUAAAUUUAUUAUUUUGUGAUUUUUAAAGUAAUUAUUACGUAUUAUUAGAUGUAGGUGAAAAAAAAAAGUCUAAAGUUCCAUAAAACGUAUGUAUUUGUCGUAAUUAAAAUAAUUAAUAAUAAUAAUAAUAUGUGAAAAAUAUGGGUACUUCAAGUAGUAUUCUAAUUCAUUUUAAUGUUAAGUUUUCUGAAGAAAUUCUGUGUUACAUGACUCUGUAACAUAAUAAUAAAUACAAUUUUACACUAUUAGUACUAUUAGUCAGUAAUAGUAGAGAAGAUAUUAAUAUAUGAAUAGUAAAAUUCAUAUUAUGUUAUGGUAUAUUAUAUAUUCAGGAUAAGGAAUAUUUUAUAUUGUGUUCAUUUUUACUAUCAAACUGCAAUAAUAUAGGCCAUGUUAUUGUCUUAUUCUUUAUUGUCACUCACAGUGAAUUAUUUUUUAUUCAUCUAAAAACCAAAGAAUGAAAAUUAUUUUAUAAAUGCCAUAGUAUGUAAAUAAUUAUUUAUUCACAACAUUGAAUUUUAUUUGUAUUCAUUAUUUAAUGCCCUUCCUAUUAACAUUCUUCUGAUUUCCGAGGUCCCUGCACCGAUUUCAUAUAGCUUGGCAUCUCUUAAAAUUCUACCAGUUGGAUAAUCAUUUAUAUAACCAUUACCACCUGAAAAAAGUUUAAAUUAAAAAUAAAAACAAAAUUUAA